UGCUCCAUUCUCUCUCUUUCUCCCUCUCCCCGUCUUUCUUCCUUUCCUUCUUCGGGAUUAUCAGCCAUGUCGUGAGCAGAAACAUCUCAUCAGAGCAGGGAGAAAAGGCACAGAGAGAGAGAGAGAGAGAGAGAGAGAGAGAGAGAGGGGCGGGGGGAUCCAAGGGGGGACGAUUGAGAGGGGAGCGUAUUACGAGGGGUAGAAACCAUAGGUAUCUGCGUCUCUGGUCAGUCGGGGGGUCGGAAGGCCUCCUUGUCGGCGGCGCCCUCCCUGCGGAGGGUCCCGACCGAUGGUGGUCUCUCCGACCCUAACCCCGACAAAAUGAAGGGCUUGUUCAAGUCCAAGUCCCGGACUCCGGCCGACGUAGUACGCCAGACCCGUGAUCUCCUCAUCUCCGCCGAUCGCAGCCCAGAUCCCCGCGACACCAAGCGCGAAGAGAAGAUGGCAGAGCUGUGUAGAAAUAUAAGGGAAAUGAAAUCAGUACUCUACGGCAGCAGUGAAGCUGAGCCAGUUCCAGAAGCUUGUGCACAGUUGACGCAGGAAUUCUUUAGAGAGAACACUCUGCGGCUUUUGAUAAGUUGUCUGCCGAAACUGAACUUGGAGGCUCGGAAGGAUGCCACACAAGUUGUUGCAAAUCUACAAAGGCAACAAGUUAAUUCACGGCUGAUUGCAUCUGAUUACUUGGAAGCAAAUUUCGAUCUUUUGGACAUUUUAGUAGUGGGUUAUGAUAAUACAGACAUGGCUUUACACUAUGGUUCAAUGCUUCGGGAGUGCAUACGUCACCAAAGUGUUGCAAGGUAUGUAUUGGAAUCGGAACACAUGAAGAAAUUUUUCGAUUAUAUACAACUUCCGAAUUUUGACAUUGCUGCAGAUGCAGCUGCAACCUUUAAGGAACUUUUGACCAGGCAUAAAUCUACAGUAGCGGAAUUUCUUAACAAAAAUUAUGACUGGUUUUUUGCGGAUUAUAACUCGAAGCUACUGGAAUCUUCCAACUACAUCACCAGACGUCAAGCAAUCAAGCUUCUGGGAGACAUCUUACUUGAUCGCUCAAAUUCAGCUGUGAUGAUACGUUAUGUGAGCUCGAUUGGGAAUUUAAGGAUACUCAUGAAUCUUCUCCGGGAAUCGAGCAAAAGCAUCCAAAUGGAAGCAUUUCAUGUUUUCAAGCUGUUUGUGGCUAAUCAAAACAAACCUUCUGAUAUCGUGGGUGUGCUAGUCACGAACAGGAGCAAGCUCUUGCGGCUCUUUGCUGAUUUUAAGACUGACAAAGAGGACGAACAGUUUGAGGCAGACAAAGCACAGGUCGUGAAAGAGAUAGCAGCCCUCGAGCCCCAGGAGAGAUGAUGAGCGAUGACGCCCCAUCUUGUAUGUCUGUAAGGAUAUGUGUGUUUGUUAUUUAUUUAAGUCGAUGGGGAGAUAUUGCGGUCUCCAAUCUCUAUAUAGUGACAACACAGAAUUGAUAUUGGGCAGAGCCUUGAAGGCUUGAACUUCGAAGGAAACGGUUUUCCGUUUUCAAUGUGGUUUAGAAAAUUCAGACGCUCUAUGCCCUGCCUGUAAAUGCAUUGAAUAAUAAAUGAUGAUAAUAAUAUCAGGCAAUAACUUAAUUUAAUUUA